AAACUGCCGAUUUAUAUUCUGGAAAGAGAUAAAUCUAUGUGGUUUUUUCCCCCCCAACUUUCCCUCUCUCUUCGUUUUCUUGAUGGCUGAAAGAGGAUGGGACAAUUGCUGGAACAGACACUGAGACCGCUGGAGACCCCGAGUCCAAGGUGCUCCCAUCAGCACUGCCAGGAAGAUCACCAGGAAAGAUCUCUUUUGUGAUGGGGACGACUGAAAGUGACCCCUGUGAAAGUGGAAGUGAAUGGGAGCCGUACGGGGUGCUGUCAGAAGAGACAGAGGACGAAGAAGACGCCGUAAGCCACUUUGGGAACCUCCAAGAGCCAGGAAAGAGUAAAGGAAGCCAACCCGAAGAGUGGCUGAAUGAAGACAGUUCCCAGGGAAGCGACUACACUGCCCUGCUGGCGCAACAAAAGGCCCACAAGGGCAAGAGGAAGAACCAGUGCAAAGUGUGCGGGAAAAGUUUCACCCGGAAGGCGAGCCUGAAAGUUCACCAGCGCAUCCACACGGGCGAGAAGCCCUAUAAGUGCACCGUCUGCACCAAGGGCUUCUGCGACAAGACCAGCUUCCUUCGCCACCAGAGGAUCCACACUGGGGAGAAGCCUUACAAGUGUCCCGAGUGCGGGAAGAGUUUCAACCGGACUACCAACCUGAUUACCCACCAGAAAACCCACGUGGAGAGCCGGGAGAAGACCUUCCACUGCUCCAGCUGCAGCAAGAGCUUCUACAACAAGUACAGCCUGAAGACCCACUGGCGGAGCCACACGGGGGAGAAGCCCUACAAGUGCUCCAGCUGCAGCAAGAGCUUCUGCGACAAGUCCAACCUGGAGGCCCACUGGCGGGUGCACACCGGAGAGCGGCCGUUCGAGUGCUCGGAGUGCGGGAAGAGCUUCAGCGACCGCCGGACCCUCCUUCGCCACCAGAGGAUCCACACUGGGGAGAAACCCUACCGGUGCACCGAGUGCGGGAAGAGCUUCAACGACCUGGCCACGCUCCUCCGGCACCAGAAAAUCCACACGGGAGAGAAGCCCUACCAUUGCACCGAGUGCGGGAAGAGCUUCAACCAGAGCUCGCACCUCAUCCGGCAUCAGAACACGCACGACGCCAAGCGCCAUAAAACCUUGGAACCCAAGCGCGGCGCAAAGGCUUCCGUCGGGACCAAUAUCUUUUUGGAUAUUGGGAGCUUUGCCCAGGGGAGCUAUUACCAGUAUGCCCACCCUGCCGAGCCGUUUCAUUGGCCUCUUUCGACCUACUCGUCUUCCGCCGAGCCGGGAGAAGCAGGCAUGCCGAACCUGUGGACUAUUCAGGAGACCUCAGUGGGCGAUCAAGCCAUCCUGGUUAUGAAAGAAUUCACAGAGGAGAGGACCUUAGCCCUGUGAAGGCUCUGAACGGAGGAGAAAAAUGAAACCCGUAUUUUUUUCCCCGGGGAGGGCAGGGGGGCAGGUUCAUCGAUCUGAAAUCACAAAAAGCAGGGAUUUUAAUUUUUAU